ACGGAUAAAAAUGCCCGCAUGAGCUGUAUGUGACCAUUGACAUGAAGAACUAGCCGUUAGCUACUCAAAUUCAAAUUCUCGCUGUGAAUAGCAGAAACACACUGCUUUUUAUAGCUUUCCAUUUCCGAUUUCUCUUCUUCUUCUCUCUCAUAGUUUGCCAAUUGAUAGGCAGUGUUGUCUCAGGAUCGGCGACUCGUUAGCUGCUGCAAGAGUGUGUUGCUUCAAAAUUAGGGCUAAAUCACUUCGAAUCCCCUGCUCUGUUGCUACUUUAUUCUCUGCAAUUCCAUUCUCUUUCUUUGGAAAGCGACAUGUCCUGCAGAGAUUGUUGCUAAGGAAAGUUCUUAGAUAACAAAACCAGAUCAAAGUUUUGUUGAUACAAGCCUUGGUAAGAAUAUGGCUGCGAAAACUCCUGGUACACCAGCUUCGAAGCUAGAAAGGACACCAGCUAGCACUCCUGCUGGACAAAGAGAAAGAGAGGAAAAAAUCGUAGUUACAGUGCGUUUAAGACCAUUAAACAAAAGGGAGCAAUCAGCCAAGGAUCAUGUGGCAUGGGAGUGCAUCGAUGAUCAUACAGUUGUGUAUAAGCAAACAUCCCAAGAACGGCCUCCCCAGCCUAGCUCAUUUACAUUUGAUAAAGUAUUUGGUCCUGAUAGCUUAACUGAAACAGUAUAUGAGGAAGGUGUAAAGAAUGUGGCUUUAUCUGCUUUGAUGGGAAUCAAUGCAACAAUUUUUGCUUAUGGGCAAACCAGUAGCGGGAAGACAUACACUAUGAGAGGAAUUACUGCAAAAGCUGUUAAUGACAUCUAUGCCCAUAUCGCAAAUACUCCAGGAAGAGAGUUUAGAGUAAAGAUAUCUGGACUGGAAAUAUACAAUGAAAAUGUAAGGGACCUAUUGAAUUCAGAAUCUGGCCGUAAUCUCAAGCUUCUAGAUGAUCCUGAGAAAGGAACUAUGGUUGAAAAGUUGGUUGAAGAAACAGCAGCUGAUGAUCAACAUCUCAGACAGUUGAUUAGUGUUUGUGAUGCUCAGAGACAAGUUGGUGAAACUUCCCUUAAUGAGACAAGCUCAAGAUCUCACCAGAUCAUAAGACUGACAAUAGAAAGUAUCCUUCGUGAAAGUUCAGGAUGUGUGAGGUCUUACGUUGCAAGUUUGAACUUUGUAGAUUUAGCUGGAAGUGAAAGGGCAUCACAGACAAAUGCUGAUGGUGCUAGACUCCGGGAAGGCUGCCAUAUUAACUUGAGUUUGAUGACUCUUACAACUGUUAUCAGAAAGCUCAGCGUGGGAAAACGAACUGGUCAUAUUCCCUACAGAGACUCGAAGCUGACGCGCAUAUUGCAGCACUCCCUAGGCGGAAAUGCCCGUACUGCCAUCGUAUGCACUUUGAGUCCCGCUUCUUGUCAUGUGGAGCAAUCGCGUAAUACUCUCUUCUUUGCUACCCGCGCAAAGGAAGUGACAAACAAUGCUCAAGUGAACUUGGUUAUUUCCGACAAACAGCUUGUUAAGCAUUUGCAGAAGGAGGUUGCCCGACUUGAAGCGCGACUGGGAACACCUGAUAUUUCAAAUGACAAAGAUUUAAAGAUUCAGCAGAUGGAGCUGGAAAUUGAAGAGCUGAGGCGCCAAAGAGAUCUUGCUCAGUCUCAAGUGGAUGAGUUACGCAGGAAGCUUGAGGAAGAACAGGGACUAAAAUCACCACAACAGGAGUCAUUUACUAGUCCAGUUGCAAGGACUCUCUCCUUCUCUACCACAUUGCCUAACCUUAAAGUAAAGGAAUCAGUUCGUAGUGAAAGAGCAAGAAACACAAUGGGAAGACAAUCAAUGAUGAGGCAAUCUCUAGCCGUUCCUUUCACGCUCAUGCAUGAAAUUAAGAAACUUGAACACCUUCAGGAGCAACUCGGAAAAGAAGCAAACCGGGCACUCGAAUUGUUGCAGAAGGAAGUAACUUGUUACAGACAAGGUAACCAAGAUGCUGCUGAGACUAUAGCUAAGCUGCAAUCAGAGAUCAGGGGAAUGUGUGCUGAAGAACAGCCUGCUCAUAAAGAUGUUGAAGUUGAAAAUUUUGGUUCUGUCAAUAAGAGUGUCAGUGCAAACCUCAAAGAAGAAAUUGCAAAACUCCAUUCUCAAGGUAGCACAAUAGCCGAUCUUGAAGAGCAACUGGAAAUCGUUCAGAAGUCCAUAGACAAAUUAGUAAUGUCUCUCCCUGAUUCAAAUGAUGAUUCAUCCGUGAAGUCUAAAAAUCUAUCCAAGAAGAAGAAAUUGCUUCCAUUAGCAUCUAACAACAGUCUUAAUAUGCAAAGUUUCAUCAGAUCUCCAUGUUCACCUUUAUCAUCAACUUGCCAAUUUAUGAAGAAUUCUGAGACUGAAAACAGAGCUCCAGAGUAUAAUGAUGAUGUGUCAGUCGAGAAGGAGACUCCUACGAAAAGUGAAGGAGGGGGUGAGUUGUCAUCAAAAGAGGGUACCCCUGUCAACAUGAGAAAAAUGCAAAAGAUGUUCCAAGAUGCAGCAGAAGAGAAUGUUAGAAGCAUAAGAUCAUAUGUAACUGAGCUUAAAGAACGUGUUGCCAAGCUGCAAUACCAAAAGCAACUACUUGUUUGCCAGGUGCUUGAACUCGAAGCAAAUGAAGCAGCUGGGUACACACUGGAAAACGAUGUUGUUCCUGAGAUAGAGGAGGAGUCUCCGGCUUCAUGGCACAUAAUAUUUAGGGAGCAACAACAGCAAAUCAUUGACUUAUGGGAUGCUUGUUAUGUCUCCAUCAUUCAUAGGUCACAGUUCUAUCUAUUAUUUAAAGGUGACCCUACGGACCAGAUAUAUAUGGAAGUUGAACUUAGGCGCUUGAGUUGGUUACAACAACACCUAGCAGAGCUUGGAAAUGCAAGUCCAGCUCAUGUGGGAAAUGAGCCGACGAUUUCUUUAUCAUCAAGUAUUAAGGCACUGAAGAAGGAAAGGGAGUUUCUUGCAAAGAGAUUGGCCACUCGUUUGAGCGUAGAGGAAAGAGAUGCAUUAUACAUGAAAUGGAGGGUUCCUUUAGAGGCAAAGCAGAGGAGGAUGCAGUUCAUAAACAAGCUGUGGACAAUUCCACAUGACAGGAAACAUGUAGAAGAGAGUGCAGAGAUAGUAGCAAGGCUUGUAGGCUUCUGUGAGAGUGGGAAUCUAUCAAGGGAAAUGUUUGAGCUCAAUUUUGUCCUUCCAUCCGACAAGAGGCCGUGGUUUAUGGGAUGGAAUCAAAUAUCUGACCUUCUUCAUUUAUAAUAAGAAAAAGUACAAGAAUUCUUUCUGUAAUUAAAUUGUGUUUUCAUUUCUUGUUUCUUCACCCCUUUCAGUGGUAUACAGAAUAUUUUUGUGGGCUGGAACCAUAUAGAUAUCAGACCUUUAUUCAAGUGAAAGUAAGAGAGUACACUAUUUGUGAUUUUAUGUU